AUGGGUCCAAAGCCGAAUCGAAAAGAGGAGGGAAAACCCCCGGAGUCUGCCGACGACGAGGUGACGAAGACGACGACGACGAUGCGCAACACCGAGGCGAGAGAGCGUGCGAAACGAGGAGGGUCCAUUCCGAGAGGCGUGGUCGAAAAGUCGCGGCGGGGGAGACAGUGGGGGAAAGGGGGAGACGCAGACGAGGGAGGCCGGCGAGAGGAGGGCUUUUCCCAAGCAAACCAUGCCAAGGACGCAGGGAUAUCAAGACGAGCAGACGGGGGAAAAAAAAAGAAGAUUUUUCGAGGAGAAGGGCAAAUCUUUUCUGUGUACACAUUAGCUACUGAGCUUGAGCCAUGA